ACGGUUUUCACUCAGCAGUUACUGAACCGUUGUUGAACUAAAGUGUUCGCCAAUGUCUGCGGCUUCGCCACCAGCCGAAACCCUAAACCCUGCGAUGGUCGCGCCGGAGGAUUCAUCGGACCAGCUCCCAUUACCAAAAGCUCAGCCCCAAAUAGAACCCGACGAAACCAAACCAUCCGAGAAGCGAAAACGGGAAGAUGAACCCGACCCGGAACCGCAGCAGAGCCCCCUCUGGAAGACGACUCUGUGCUCCUACUUCCGGAGGUCGAGCGAGUCCUGCAGCCACGGAGACACUUGCCGGUACGCCCAUGGAGAGGCGGAGCUCCGGCCCCGACCCGACAAUUCCUGGGACCCGACCUCCGACUGGGCGAAGAAGAUGGCUAGGAAGGCCGAUGAGGAUGCGGACACAGCUGAUGUUGAGGAAGAGAAAGGCAACGAGGUCAUGAUGACGGAAGCUUUUGCCGAGGAGGAAGGGUUUUCGUCGGGUUCCGAGUUGGCAAAGUGCUUUGUGAAUCUUCCUCUCAAGUGGACUUCGGAUAAAUUACAGAAUUUCCUCAAUGAACACGGGAUUCUGUUCAAGGCUGCUAAGAAGAAAAAGAACAUGGCUGUGGGAUUUGUGACUUUUGAAAAUGCAGAGCAAGUGAAAAGCGCUGAGGAGCUAGAUGGAAAGCAGGUUGGCAACAAGACUUUGAAGGUUUCAGAUGUUAUUCCAAGGUCAUUUGAGAAACAAAAUAAAGAUGAAAAACAAGUCCCGUCUGGGGAAAUGAACAGUGAUUCUGUAUUGAAGGGUAGAAGUGCUCGUAGUGUAGUGACUCCUCUUGCUGAUAUGUCCUAUGCUGAACAACUGGAGAACAAGAAGAACUCUCUGAUGCAAAGCCUAAAAAAACUUACUCAAAGUGCACGCAAAGCUUGUCCAAGAGGUGUUUCACUUCCAGAAUGGGUUAUCAAUGCAAGAGAAAUAGGUAAUCUCCCAUGCAAACUGGAGAGUAUAAUUGCAUCCCCAAUUAUUAAUGGAUAUCGAAACAAGUGUGAGUUUUCUGUGGGUUAUUCCCUAAAAGGGAAACUUUGUGUGGGGUUUCUGCUUGGCAACUUCAGGGAGGGUGUGACUGCUGUCGAGGAACCCUUGGACUGCCCUAAUGUCUCCAGGAUUGCUUGUAGAUAUGCUGCUAUCUUUCAAGAAUUUCUACAACAUACCUCCCUACCUAUGUGGAACAGAUUGAAUAAUACUGGAUUUUGGCGUCAACUUACGGUUCGGGAAGGUCGAACACCAGGAAAAACUGCAGAGGUUGAAAAUCCUGAGUCACAUAUUUCUGAGGUCAUGCUCAUUGUUCAGAUCUGCUCUGUUGGGCUUGAAUCUCAAUUAGUUGAUACUGAACUUCACAAGAUGGCCAAAGCCUUUGUUCAUGGGGCUUCUACAGAACUUCCAGUGUUACCUCUAACAUCAUUGGUAGUUCAGGACCACACAGGUAUAUCAAAUGUAGCUCCAGAGGAUGCUCCUCUGAGGUCUCUUCCCAUUCUAGAAGGAAGUGAUAAUAGAACAGAAGCAGCUGGUGCAAUUGCUGAAGCAAAACUUCAUGAUUAUAUUAAUGGUCUUCAAUUUUGUAUAUCACCAACAGCUUUCUUUCAAGUCAACACCCUUGCAGCAGAGAAGCUGUACUCCCUAGCUGGGGAAUGGGCAGGUUUGGGUCCUGAUACAUUACUUUUUGACAUAUGCUGUGGAACUGGUACAAUCGGCCUGACUUUAGCUCACCGUGUUGGUAUGGUUGUUGGCAUUGAAAUGGAUUCUUCUGCAGUUUCAGAUGCUCAAAGGAAUGCAGAUAUUAAUGGCAUAAAAAACUGCAGAUUUAUUUGCUCUAAGGCAGAGAAAGUUUUGGGUUCUUUAUUGAAAGAGUACCUAGUGGGACCUCAGAUACAGGAUGAAUUAUCAAAGUCAUUAAAGAAGAGUGACCCGGAAAUUACCUCCAUCAAAGAAAAGGUUGACUCAGAAGAUAGAACUCCAGGAUCUGAGGAUAAAAAUGGCUUUGACCAGGAAAGUAGCAAAAGUGCGGCUGAACUGUUAGAAAAUGGCAACAAAGAUACUGAAGACCAGCUUCAAACAAGUGGUGAAUUGGAGAAUACAACCCCUCCAGUGCAAAAAUUCAGCAAUGUUGUUGCAAUUGUGGAUCCUCCUCGUAUGGGACUUCAUCCGACUGUUAUCAAAGUUCUAAGGACCCAUCAACAGCUAAAGAGGCUUGUUUACAUUUCCUGUAAUCCUGAGAGCUUGGUGGCGAAUGCUAUUGAGCUUUGCACACCUUCUGCUGAUGAAGCGGUGAAAGGAAAAAAUAAAAACAACAGAAGGUGGAAGAAUAUGGGCAUUGCCGGUCUUGCUCGACACAGGACCAAGUCCAUGCCUAAAUCAGAGCCUUUUAAACCCGUCAAAGCCGUGGCAGUUGAUCUUUUCCCUCAUACCACACAUUGUGAACUGGUCAUGCUUCUGGAAAGGUAAAUAUGACAAAUGCCAUGAGGAAUGGUCCUGGUUUGGCACUUGGGCAAGUUUAUCUGAGGAUCCUGAAGGUAGAAGGUUUCAUUGGAUUCAUUUUCAAAUACGGGAAUGAUCGUAUGUUUCUAGUGGACACUGGAUUGAUUCACUAUAACUCCAGAUGAUUCCACUAGCACUUUUGAGGUUAUUAUUUUUUAAUUUUAUGAAAAAAAUUUGAAUAUCGGUACUAUAUGUUCUAUGUCGUACUUCAAUAUUUUUAUCUCUUGAUAAAUAUAUAAAAGCUUUAAAGAAAUUUUCACAUGGUUCA